UUUUCGGUUGAGAGUUUCGGGAUGUCUAUCUUCUUUGCCGGCAUGUCUCUCCGCUGCUGCCGUUUUAACCGUCGCUUUUACUCCGCCGCCGUCUCGUACAGCUUCCCCAUUCCGAGAGAUCUCCUCUCCGGCUCAUCCUCACGGCCGGACUUGAUGAUGUCCAACGCAGAUCGUUGUCCUCAGCAGCUAUCCUGGACGGUCGAGCUUCUAAUUCGCCUGAGAGACCUAGACACGGCGGCUGAGUAUGCGCGCUUGGCAUAUAGCAGCAGAAUCAACUGCGAAUUCACCAUUAAAACCUGCGACAGUAUCAUUGGCGCCAUGUGCGAGGCGAAAAGAUACAGAGACGCUUUGGAUCUGUUCCAUCACUUUUUCAACGAGCGCAAGAGUAGAUCAGUGAACAAGUCCCCCAACCACGUCGUUAAAGCAAUUUGUGAGCUCGGUCGCGUGGAUGAUGCUCUUGUAUUCUUCCGUGCCUUGCAGCCGCAUCCGGGUCUAAGUCCCAUCUACUCUCACUUGACCAAAGCUUUGGUCUACGCCGGGAGAUUCGAGGAAGCACUCUGUUUAGUGAGGCAAGGCCCUGUGCCGCUGGCUUGCAGCAACCUGAUCCGCGGCUUCUUGAAUCUAGGUAAUCUAGACAUGGCGAAUCAACUCUUGGAGGAGUUUGAGUACAAUGGUUAUUGGGCCUAUGAUUGCACUAGAAACGAAGGAGCGUAUCCAAGGGUGGUCUUCAUUGAGCACUGGUUGAAGCAAGGGAAUGACGAGGAAGCUAUGCGCUGCUACCAGUCUUUGUUGUGCGACCACAGGUUCCAAAAUUAUGGGGAUAGCAUAAACUCACUCUUGCAGCUUUUCCUGAGUUACGGUAAGAAAAAGGAAGCUUGGGAGCUCUUCCACCGGAUUGUAGAUGGUUUCUACAAGAAGACUAUGGGCGGAGUGGUUUCAGAAACCAUUGAUAUAAUGGUGAGAGAGUGUUUCAAUGAUGGUCGUUUCAGGGAAGGAAUCGAGACUUUCUACCAGGUGAAAGCAAAAGUGGGGUCUUCUUUAAAAGCUCUUGACUAUAAUAAUGUGAUUACAAGGUGUUGCGAGCAGGGGUUGUUGUCCGAGGCAGAGUGUCUCUUUGCUGAAUUGUCGUCCCAUAGAUUUUGGUCCGUCGAUGUCUUCACAUACAGAGCAAUGAUGGACGCGUAUCUCAAGGCCGGCAGAGUAGACGAUGCUCUCCAAAUGGUCAACAAAAUGGUCGUUGCAAACCUAACAAAGCUUGCUCUCUGGAUGAAGUUCUAAACAAACCUUUUCAAACUUUUCUCUUCAUCUGCAUGAUUUUUUUUUUUUAAGUUAAAGAUUUUAAUAAGAAAAACUGGUACUUGUAUUUCUCUUUUUUUGGGUUUGAU